AUAGAAUUUAUUUUAUCAUUAAUUGGAAGUUUAUUAUUAAUUAUUUGUGUAUUAGUAAGUGUAGCUUUUUUAACUUUAUUAGAACGUAAAGUUUUAGGGUAUAUUCAAAUUCGUAAAGGACCUAAUAAAGUUGGUUUAAUAGGAAUUCCUCAACCUUUUUGUGAUGCAAUUAAAUUAUUUACAAAAGAACAAACUUAUCCAUUAUUAUCAAAUUAUUUAAGAUAUUAUAUUUCUCCUAUUUUUUCUUUAUUUUUAUCUUUAUUUGUUUGAAUAUGUAUACCUUUUUUUGUUAAAUUAUACUCUUUUAAUUUAGGUGGAUUAUUUUUUUUAUGUUGUACAAGAUUAGGAGUUUAUACAGUUAUAGUAGCUGGCUGAUCUUCUAAUUCUAAUUAUGCUUUAUUAGGGGGUUUACGAGCUGUGGCUCAAACUAUUUCUUAUGAAGUUAGAUUAGCUUUAAUUAUAUUAUCAUUUAUUUUUUUAAUUGGGAGUUAUAAUAUAAUUUAUUUUUUUUAUUACCAAAUUUAUAUAUGAUUUUUAAUUAUUUUAUUUCCUAUAAGUUUAGUUUGAUUAACAAUUUCAUUAGCUGAAACUAAUCGAACUCCUUUUGAUUUUGCUGAAGGUGAAUCAGAAUUAGUUUCAGGAUUUAAUGUAGAAUAUAGAAGAGGUGGUUUUGCUUUAAUUUUUAUAGCAGAAUAUGCUAGAAUUUUAUUUAUAAGAAUAUUGUUUUGUGUAAUUUUUUUAGGUUGUGAUGUAUUUAAUUUAUUAUUUUAUGUAAAAUUAACUUUUAUUUCAUUUGUAUUUAUUUGAGCUCGAGGUACAUUACCUCGGUUUCGUUAUGAUAAAUUAAUAUAUUUAGCUUGAAAAUGUUUUUUAUCAUUUUCUUUAAAUUAUUUAUUAUUUUUUAUUGGGUUUAAAAUUUUAUUAUUUUCUUUUUUAUUGUGAAUUUUUUUUAGUAAAAAGUUAAUAGAAAAUUAA